UCUGAUCGAGCUUAGAAUAUUAGCUCCUAGAUUUAUGCUGAUGAAUGUCGGUUGUCAGAAGCAUGAAACAAAACUUGUGAUCCAAAGGGGCCUAGCCUGUCUUUUUAUCUCAUUAUUUGGGUUUCAACAAGGAUUUUCCCUUGUUCAUUUCUAUGAAUUAUUCGCACCUCGAUUUAAUUUAUUCUUUCAAGAAUUGGAGUGUGACAGAAUGGUAUCAGACUAUAGGUUUUCUUUCAUGUCUCUGAUUACCAAAAGCUUUUUGAUGUUGAGUCUUGAAUAGUAUCUCUAGACUUGUAAGAAUAUUAAUAGCCCUCAGCCCGCCGUCACACUGCCGCAAUCAAGGUACGAUAAAAGUUUCAAUAUAUAUAUAUAUAUAUAUACAUUCAAAGUUAUGAAAGUUUUCAGGAAAAUGUGCUCCUUAUGUUUAUGAUGCUUUGUGAAUUGCUUACCGCUUUCCAUAUGAUAUAUGUUAUGAAGUGCUAAUUGCUUUCAUAUUGUUAUUUUGGGUCUCCGACUCAUAUAACCUAGCUCAGUAUCGUGUUUGGGACAACCCGAGCCCUUAACGAUCAGAUAAGUUAAAGUCGUAUUUGGGACUGCUCGAACCCAUAACGACUCAAUGAAUGUUAUAUCGUGUUAGGGACUACCCGAACCCUUAACGAUAGUAUCGUGUUUGGGACUACCCGAACCCAUAGCGACUCAAUGAAUGUUAUUUCGUGUUUGGGACUACCCGAGCCCUUAGCGAAUAAGUGAAUAUAUGGUCGAGUUGGAUUCCUUGAAUCUUUCCGGCACAAGCAAAGUUUUCAUGAAAAGAACUUCAAAUGUCUAUAUAUGUUUAAGGUUUCAAAAGAAACAGAAGUAUGUAUGAAUGAGAAAGUUUUAUGUUAUCGUUUUAGGUUCAUGCUUAUACGAUUAGACUGAUGGGUCCUCUUACAAACCGUUUGAGUAUCACCCAAGAAUGCUUUGAGAAUGUUAGUCGUGAUAGCACCGCUUGAUCGAUUUAAGUAAAGAUUGGUAAGAUAGAAAUAUUUAACAUAGUGAUGAUACAACAUAGAGGCAUUGCCUUAAGACUAAGGAUUUACUUGAGCUAUUUCAAUAGCGGUAAGAUUAAGUUUCUUAUAUAAGAACUUAUGUUGCUUAUGAUUAUGAUGUAGGUCGUGAUAGCUUCGCUAGAACGGCAUAGAAUGGACUUUCAUAGUAUCAAUGAUUUAUGAUUGGAGUACUUAGAAGUAAGUGCUUUAAGUUAGAAGUUGACUUAGAGCCUUAUAAGAGAUAAGAAGUUGACAUGAUUGGGGGCAAGCUCCCAUUUGACUGAGAGAUUCGUUAUGCUGGGUCUGGCCAGCCCACAUGACUAAGAUCUCGGUGAUUGUCAAUUAGAUUUUUAGCAUGAAAGUAGAACAUCAUCUCAAUGCCUAGACUUGUACUAUAUAGUUGGUACAAUAAGAUUUUCUUUUAUCACGAUGAGAGUGUUUUACUUUUGUCCACUUAUGAGUCCUUAUUUUUGCUAUUUUAAGAAAUGGGUCAAUACAAUUGGGACAUCCCAAAAUAGCAAGUGAGCCAAUAUAAAUGGGACGGAUGAAGUAUAUCAUAAGAAAAGAUUCAACAAUAAAGAAAAUUUCAUAUAGACGUGUUGAUAAAUGUUCGAACCUGACUAUUAUCUAUAUACAUGUACUCAUCCUAAAUUCAAUUAGUUGUCUGAUCUCAUUUAAAUUUAUAAAUACAGAUUGUUACAAUGAUAUAGUUCAAUUAUCAAAAUUUAGCAUAUUUGUCCUAUUUAUAUCAUACGUGCAGACUGCUAGGGACGUUUCCCAUGAGAAUCCCAAACGGGAUGAUGUGUUCACGCGGGUGAAACCCUGGAAUAAUUGGAAACCUAAGAAAACGAGGCAGAAUAUAGGGCCGCAGAUCGGUAAUGGCUUUGCGGUUCUAGAAACUAACGAUGGUGAAUAUGUUGAAAGAGAACAUGUGGACCGUGUGGAGAAUUCUGACAGCUACAUAGAUGAGGGGAUCAUGGCGAACAGUAGCGCGGUUGCGUCCGCGCUCGGUUGCAAGCCCGACAGCGCGGACACAACCACAAAGGGAGGAGCUGAGGCAGCCUGCUGAGGCAGUGACCUUUGGUCAGGCUAUGCCCACGACCAUGGCUACUGGUCUGAUGAGUUCAACAGCUCGGCUGGAUGCGGAGAUGGAGAUCGCGGCCAGUUCUGCGGAUUGGUUUUCACCGCAGACUGCUGCGAAGUCUAGGCAGCAAAUGGUGACCAUGAGGCAGCCUGCCGAGGCGGGUGCGACUCUUGGUCAGACCAUUCAGUUCACAGACACGGCAGUUGGCCCAACGUUUUUAGCAACUCGGUCGGGCAUGGAGAGGGAAAUUGAGGCUGGUUCUGCGGGUCGGGUUUCUCCGCACAACAUCGAUAAAAGCGGGGUAUCUCGCAUGAGAGUAGAAAUUAUUCAUCCACUCCUACUCCGGAGGAUAUUGCUAGUCGUAUUAGUAGGUUAGAGAAGCAUGUUAGUCAGGGGAUGAAACUGCUCGUUGAUCAAGCGCCGCCUAAGCGUGGACGAGGCCAUCCUCCUAAGGGUAUGGAGCGUCCGCGCGUACCACAAGCUCCGGAAGAUAGCAUCAAAGGUCGCCUCAGAAAUGUGGAGGAAAUGGGAUAUAAGCGAUGAAGUUUGUUGUUGAUCAUAGAAGAAAUGCUAGCUAGUUUGUGUGCUAUGAAUAAUAUCGCCAACGACCGUUGAUCGGAUGAAAUGAAUUUGGACGACUUCCACACCAACAUAGGUUUUCUUUAUUGUUAGGUGUUUGUGCGAAUGGGUCUUUAGCGAAGCUUUUUAGGGCGUUUUUGCUGAUUCGCCUUUUGUUUUCUGUUGUUUGAUGAGCUCGUCUUUGAGUUUCGGUCCCUAGUCUGCGUUCUUGUGUUUUCAAGGGCUUUUUUUUCUUCUUUCUUUUAUAUAAAACUCAAUUUAAUUAAUAAUAUCAAUUUUAUCAUCAAAUCUCUUCUUUAAUAGCUCAAUCAUGAUCUGGUGUGACGUGUUAUAUUGUCAGUCAAAUCCUUCAUAACAGACAUUUAAGGUGGGAAACCCUGAUCCGUAACUACAAAAUCGACCCAUACCAACGGGUUCGGGACAGGUCGGUCCAUUCUAUAAGAGAUAUGGUCUGGGUUGGGAUAGAUAUGUAGGACCGAACAAUCAUCGGAUCGGUCCGGGUCAAAACCCGCUUGAAUCGGUUGAACCCGAUAUAGAAACUCUACUACCCUUCCCUCCCUGUUAAUCUGCCUGUCGUCUCUCUUCUUCAUUUCUCACAAACUCGACGCCUCACGCCUGACCAGCCACCGGUGCUCGCCGCAGCCUCACGCGAGCAAAGCACAACAGCCUCCGGUAGCCCUCAUCUUCUCGCCGCUCUCUAGAGUCCAGAUAACUCCAUCCUUUUGGCAGCGACUUCCUAUCGCUGACGAUCGUCACACUCACCGCCUCCACGAUUCCAGCCUCCAGUUCACAAAUUAAGCCAAAUCCUGACUUGCUCUCUUGUUUUCAUUCAUCAUCUCGUUUGCACAGAAUGUUGAGAACUCCAUUCAGAAAGUUGUCCGGUGCAAGAGUUUUGCUGACUCGGAGAUGGCUUUCUCAAGACACAACAAGCAAACUGGAAGGCAAGGUAGCUCUAAUUACAGGGGCAGCAAGUGGUAUAGGCAAAGAAACAGCAACCAAAUUCAUCAACAAUGGUGCCAAAGUAGUGCUAGCCGACAUCCAGAAAGAUGAGGGCCACCACACGACCCUGGAGCUCGGUCAGAAUGCUGCCUUCGUUGCAUGCGACGUCACCAAAGAAUCGGACGUUUCAGACGCUGUGGACUUCACCGUGUCCAAGUUCGGCCACCUCGACAUCAUGUACAACAAUGCAGGCAUUGCCUGUCAUACCCCCCCAAGCAUAGUGGACCUUGACUUGGCCUCCUUCGACAGAGUCAUGGCGAUCAAUGUCCGGGGUGUGGUGUCUGGGAUCAAGCACGGGGCCCGUGUCAUGAUCCCGAGGGAAAGAGGGGUUAUCCUCUGCACAGCCAGUGUGACAGGCCUAAUGGGAGGACUAGCACAACACACUUACUCUGUGUCCAAGAGUGGCGUGAUAGGGAUCGUGAGAUCAGUUGCAUCGGAGCUGUGCAGGCACGGGAUUCGUGUCAACUGCAUAUCCCCGAUGGCCAUCCCGACCCCGUUUGUGAUGGACGAGAUAAAGAAGUACUACCCGGAGGUCGAUCCUCAUAGGCUGGUGAAGAUGGUGCAUGAUUUCAGUGUGCUGAAAGGAGCUGUUUGUGAGCCUGGUGACAUUGCAAAUGCUGCUGUGUUUCUUGCAUCUGAUGAUGCAAAGUUUGUUAGUGGGCAUAAUCUUGUUGUAGAUGGUGGCUUCACAUCGUUCAAGAAUAUCACUCUUCCUACACCAGAUCAGCUAUGAUGAGAAAGAGUAUACAUUUAUUUGAUGCCAACUUCUCUUUGUCUUUCACUUGUUGCCUGCUUUAUUUGGUUUGGUUAGGUUAGCAUUGGAUGUCCCCGUCACUAUUUCAAUAAAGUCGAGAACGACAGAUAAAUAUAUUUUGAAAUCUUAAAAGUCCAAAUUAUAUUA